CAAAGGUGGCUGUGACAGGAGACAGAGGGGGAAAAAAAUCAAUAAACUACCUUAAACAAACCAACAUCAACCGGUUUGAAGCUGCCAAGUGCAGGACAUCGCUUCUCCACACAGUUCAAGAGUCAGAUGUUGUGAAUUUGAACCAGAAAAAGAUAACCAAAACCAGUUGGGCCUGAAAUGUAGUGAGUGUAUGUGCACGCUCGAGGGUCAUAGAUAAAAUGUAUUUUUACUGACAAAUGUUCCAAUACAGUGUUACAGGGAAGAUGAACAUGGACUUAAGGCACAACUGCUAUUGACAAAAAAAUUAUUGAUUACUUUGUUAAUGAUUUUGUUUACUGCAAAAGCUAAGGAAAUAACUUGAAAGACACUUAUAUACAUCAAUAAAAAUGACAGGAAAUUGUGUUGUACCUUCUUCAGAAGUAAACAAAAAAGUAAAACAUCUUCUUCUCUCACUAUAACCAACUGAUCUGCAACUGUGCACUUUGUUGCGUAAAGUGACGCACGUCAGUCCAUGCCCAGGUCAAAGACCUGUUUGUUUUAAAUUUUCACCCAAACUCAGUCAGCGUCAGUAUCUGCUCCUCACUGAGGCGGCUUCAUCCCCCUUCAGGCUUCUCAGGAACCGGACACCUGCCGUGAUGCAGCGGGCUCUGUUCCGCCGCGGCGCGCUGCUGGCCCAGCAGGCUGCAGCGGCCCUCGACGCUCCUCUGGCCGCCCGGCAGCGUUCCAUGUCCUCCGUCUCCAUCCCACCGCCGGCCAGCAUGCUGCGACCUUUAGAAGUACCUUUGCGUUACCUGUUCGGACCCGGACCCUCGAACGUUCCUCCCCGCGUCCUAGCCGCCGGGUCCCGACCGAUAAUAGGCCACCUGCAUCCAGAAAUGUAUGAGAUAAUGAACGACAUCAAGAAAGGGAUCCAGUACGCCUUUCAGACAGAGAACAAUAUGACGAUAUCUAUGAGCGGUUCCGGCCACGCGGCAAUGGAAUGUGCCGUGUUUAAUACCGUGGAGCCCGGAGAGAGCGUCCUCGUGGCAAUCAACGGCAUCUGGGGAGAGCGCGUGGCAGAAAUUGCAGAAAGAAUGGGUGCCAAUGUACACAAGAUGGUUAAAGAACCUGGAAAAUAUUUCACCAACAAAGAAAUUGGACAGGCCAUAGAAAAGCACAAGCCUGUCCUGUUUUUCCUUACGCAUGGCGAGUCCUCGGCUGGACUCUGUCACCCAAUAGAUGGCAUAGGAGACAUUUGCACAAAGCAUAACUGCCUCUUCCUUGUUGACACAGUUGCCUCUCUUGGAGCAGCACCAAUUUUUAUGGACAAGCAAAAAAUUGACAUCCUGUACACUGGCUCUCAGAAGGCUUUAAAUGCACCUCCUGGCACAGCACCCAUCUCCUUUAAUGACAGGGCAUGCCACAAGAUGUUUAACAGGAAAACAAAGCCUGUGUCCUACCUCUUUGAUAUGACGCAUCUAUCCAACUAUUGGGGUUGUGAUGGUAAACCGGCAAGAGCAUAUCAUCACACUGGUCCUGUAUCUGGAUUCCUUGCGCUAAGAGAGAGUCUGGCCAUUCUUGCUGAGAAGGGUUUGGAGGAGUCAUGGAGGAAACACAAGGAGGUUGCAGCCUACCUGUACAAAGGACUUGAGGAUCUGGGCCUCAAACUCUUCAUCCCUGAUAGGGAUUUGAGGCUCCCCUCUGUCACCACCAUAGCCAUUCCUGAAGGGUAUGACUGGAGAGAAAUGCUAGUCUACAUAAUGAAGCACCAUCAGAUGGAGAUGACGGGAGGACUGGGCCCAUCCAUCGGCAUGGUAAUGAGGAUCGGAUUGAUGGGAUACAACUGUGAGAAGGCCAACGCUGAUAUGGCACUUCACGCCCUGGCAGAUGCUCUGAAGAACUGCAAAAAGAGCAAGGCUUAGGAGUACCGAUUCCUAGAUCAGUGACUUACUACCACUUUUUAGGGAAUCAAAGAAAAUAUUAAAAUUUUCCACACAAAAAACUGCUGAAACAUUGCAUAUAGUCCAGAAAUUUCAAAAACUUUUCUCGACUGGAAUGUCAAACGCUAUAAGUAAGUUAAUGCUAUAAUAAAGAUCUAGAGUUUUCCAUUGAGGCCAUGGGCCUGAAUAUGUUAAUAAAGUUUGUCUUAAUUUAUGGGACACUUCUCCUGCCUCAGUGUGUCACUUUUAUGGGUUUCAAAUUGUUAUGUCAUGUUGCAUCUUUUACACGUCAUAACCUUGGACGUUAUCAUUGAGACUAUGUAAACUACAUCUCCCAGAGUUCCACGCGGAGCUGCGUCAUUAGUGUCACUCCUGCGUUGUGCUGUCUCUGACUUGCGACUUUAAGUUUUUCGUCCUUUCGCUUCUUUUGGAUUCUUCCUGGGUGUCGAAAAGCUGUAUUUAUGAAUGGCGUGUCCCGUCGCUGGCAUCGCAUCGGUGGAACUGAACCCAGCCAUCCAACCUCUUAAAUGGCUGCUGGGAUCCUGGGAGAGUGAAGAACCUGGUGAAGGCAGCUUCCCUUCUAUGAAGCCUUUCAGCUACACUGAAAAACUGUACUUCAGUCAUGUGGGGCAACCAGUCAUCAACUUCAUGUUUAAUGCUUUUCAUGCAGACACCAAUAAGCCCAUGCACAGAGAGUGCGGCUUUAUACGAAUGCAGCCGGAAACCAACAGAGUGGCAUUCAUCAUCGCACAGAACUCUGGUCUGGUAGAGAUAGAAGAGGGAGAGCUCACAGGAACACAGCUGAACUUGCAGAGCCAAAAGUUGGAAAGGAUCUCUUUUGCCAAGGAGCCCCACGUUCAGGAAAUUUGUCGAGUGUUUCAGCUGCUACCAGAUGGGAACCUUGAACAGACAGUUUCCAUGGCAACAGACAAGCAACCGCUCUCUCAGCACUUGCACAUCACAUACCGUCGAUUAUCAUAAUGCAGCAGGAUUCGGCUUCUCAUGCUUAGAAGUAUGUUGGAUGAGAAAGAAAUAAUCCAUAAACAUUUAGUCAUUGAGCUACAUCAGAUAAUCAUAAAAACAAAUCUCCCAUCAUGCACUGGUAUGCGUAAAUGAUAUAUCCGCCUACAGGAAAACAACUUGAAUAGAUACAAUAGGUAGAUCUUAUAUUACAUAUCAUGUUAAAUAUUGCAAUAAUUACAUUUUAUGAUAAAGUUUUAAUUCAAAGUUUACCUAAUUUCUCCAUUCCACCACAUUGUUGCUCUUAAUGAUGUUUGACGUUUGUUGGAGGGUCUGAGAUAUGACACUCUUGUGUUCAGAAUUAUUAGAAAGUUAAAUGUUAUUUAUUUUAGCUCUAACAGCUUUUGUCCUGGGUCUGUACUAUGAAGCAGGUCCAGCAUAUCCAGGGCUUCUUUAGUUGUUCAAUAAAUCCUGCACUAAUAUGAUGGUUAUUCAUUAUUUGCCACAAGUGUAACCUGUUCCAUAGGCAUGAGAAAAAGUAGCUUUGAAUGCAUCAUUAAGCAUCAAUGUUUAAAAAUGCUUAGCAAAAAGCAAUUCUUCUAUUCAAGCAGACAUUAGUUUGCCUCUAGGUGAAAAGUCCUGCUUUUUAGUGCAGGCCACAGCAGUGGGCACAGAGUCGUGGUUGUGGGUCAGAGAAGUCUAUAACACUGGAUGGUGUCACCUUUCUUGUUUCUACACAAGACUGGUUGGCCUUUAAGAAGCAAUUUGGAUUAUGUACAUGUCUAUGAUUGUAUGAUGGAUGUGAUCAAAUAAAUAAAUAUUUGUCUGUACUGCAGUCAAAUAGAUUUUCUUUGUUAUAUCUGUGUCAACAUGCUCUUGGAUUAGACCAAGCAAUGACCCCAGUAUGCUCAUCAGUGUGCAUUUGUGAAGCACCAAACAAUCCAUUUACAGAGGAGUAGAUUGAAUAGAAAAGGUUGUUUACUUACACCAAACUCAAACACAAAAAGGACAAACUCAAAUUAAACAGAUUCAACUGAAUGUGGCCUUUAAAAAAGGUUGUAGAAACAAAGUUCGACUACAAGCAAAGAACAGAUACUAAGUGAAACCAGCGGUCUACCUCAAGAAACAAAGGGUAUUCUUAAAUAGUGGCAGAUCGGUCAACAAAACGGGAGAAUGUCUGUAAUAA